CGCCAUCUAACGUUAUCAAUUAUCAAGUACCUGUGUACCUGGAAGUCAGAAAAGUGUAGGAGCGAAGUCAACUUAUUUCAACCAAGGAGUUAUUGCAACUCCUUGCCUCAGCUAUGGACCAUGGCGCUAAUUUUUGGGACGAAAUCAGUGGGAUGUUUGAUGAUUUAGAAGAUAUAAAUGUUGAAGUGAGCGGUGACGAGUUGGAUACUGUUGAUGGGGUUGGGCUAGGCGUCAAUUUACACACGGACUCGCCAAGUUGCUACACAAAACGUCAGUCCGGUGAGAGGGUUGAGUUGCAUUGUACAAGACCGAGGAAGGUCAAUAAAACAUUUGGAGCAAGAUUCUCCCCUAUAAUUGAAGCUGAUGGGUUUUAUGCACUGCUUACGUUAUCUGGAUCUGGUCUUCCUUUAAUUGAGAAAACAGUCGAACUCGUGAAAAGUUGCCUUCAGAAGUUGAGCAAAAAUUCCAAAUGUGAAAUCUUAAGGUGGAAUUCCCAGCGAGUACUCUUGUUGUUGCCCAGUGCUGCCAGCUAUCAUGCAUUGGGGCAGGAUUUCUUAGAUGGAAAGUUAGAGAAGUGUGGAGGGCCAGAGGUAAAUGCAGUCAAAUUGGAAGUGGCUGUGUUAGUUGAGCCAUCAAAGUGCUACGUGACAAUCAUCACAACUGCAGCAUCCACCUUACAUGUUGAACUACAGAGCAUUAUACAACCCUUCUCUGCUUGGUUCCCAUAUGCUUUAGUUAUGGAGGCUGUGAUGUCCAAGGGGGAAUCACCACCAUUCUCUGCCCAGGGACCUUUGCCCACUUUGGGCAUCAGUUUGCUUUUCCAUGGAAAUGCCCAAGCCAAAGCAGAGCGGUCAUUUCAGAGGUUAUCACAGUUGCCAUGGCAACAGGUUGCUGUACCAGCUUGUAUGGAAGAUAUCACGAGUGAGGGCAAGUUCUAUGUGAACUCGAGGCAUGGGUCACUCCUGUGGGGGGUCAUCACAGGGGCAAACCAACCUGGAGUACAGAUCACUGUUUUUGUACAGGACCAAACCAGUUUUGAUGACAUGGUCAGUUUUUAUCAUAAGAUUGUUAAAUCAACACCUUUGUCUAAGCAAGGAAGUGAUGGUGUUUCAAAGUAUGCCGUUUUUGCGCUGGAACCAAAACUGGAGCUGGUCGUAGCCUAUUUUCAUGGACUGAAGGUGGCAGCACCAGCAGCUGCCACUGUUCUUUGCUUGCAGACACUACAGUUGCCCCCUAGUGAUUUGAAUAAACUGCAGCAGAUUUCUUCAGAUCUGUGGGAAGCACAAGACCCUGAGGGCAAUGUGGUGCAAUUAUUUACUGUCUUAGAAUGAUGAAAAAUGUUUUCUCUAACUUUAUAAUCAAAUCUUCUUUAAAUGCCUGAAUUAUUUAGUAAUUUUUAAUAAUUCACCCACAUAAUGUAUUCACCCCUGUUUGUUUGUUUGUUUGUUUGUCAUCAACA